GGCCCCUCCUCUCUCCAGGGAGCCUGGUGUGUCUUGGAGUUUAGGGGGCCAGUGUGAGUGCUUUGGGGGGCUUCUCUAAGUGUGUGUGAGCUUUGAGUGUGUGUUGGUUGCUGCCUACUCGUGUGUGAUCUGCGCUAAGGGGGCGGGUGGCGGGAUGUGUGUGCACCUUGGAUGCCUCCCGAGUGCGGUGCUGGGUUGGCCGGAGUGUUGCGUGUGUGCAGUUGUGUGUGGGCAGUUGGGGUCUUGCUGUAGGGGAUGUGUUGUUCUUGGAGAGUGGGCACCAGGGUAGGUGCUCCCAGGGUCUGCGGGAGGGUGGUAUGGAUGGGGGUGGUCCCGUCCGUGGGGAUACACGGGGGGAGGUCAGGGGGUGCAUAUGUGCACAUGUCAGAGAACCAGCCCGUUGUGUGUCCACGUGUGUCCUCUGUGUAUCUGUGCUGGUGGCCAAUCUGGGGUGUCGAGAUGUUAUGCGUCUGUGUCUUUGUGCCUGUGCUGUGUCUGUGUAUUGUGCGCCCGUGCUGCCGCCGCUCUGCGCGUGUGUGUGUCGAUUUUGAGCCUUCAGGACGCCCGUCCCUCCCCAGGCCUCCCAUCCAAGGGGCCCAGGUCCCUGUCCUCGGCUGCCCCAGAGCAGGGGGUGCAGAGCUGCAGCCAGAACCCCUCCCCACAAGGCCACUAAUUGAAGCCAGGUUUAUGUGGGCCACCCCUCCCCCUCUGGCCACCAGUCUCUGAAUGGGGGUGGGGCAGCCACUCUGGCCCAUCAGUCUCAGGUGCUGGGGGACUUGGCCUUAGGGAUGGAUUUGCCUCAUCUGCCUAUUCCUGACCUCAAGUGGGGCUAUCACAUUUGAAAACGAUAAACUCUAUGGUGAGUGAGCUGGGCUCUGAAGAGAGUCCCUGCUCCCAGCUAGGAGUCCCGGAUAGUCACGUGGUGCCACUACUUGCCAUCCACACUGUGCCAGCCACCUCUGUUUCUCGUCCUAACAAUAGUCCAGGAAGGUGGCCUUAUCCCCAUUGCACAGAUGUGGACACCGAGGCUCAGAGAGGUGAUCUGCCUGGUCUCAAGACACACAGCUGGGAAGUGACCUCCUCCCAGGCUCCAGGCAGCAUGGUUUCCGCGGCGGCCCCCAGCCUCACGGCGUCUCUGCUGCUCCUCCUGCGGGUCCUGCCCACGGCGUCCUAUUCCGUGUCCCUGCGGGCCACCUUCCUGGAGGACACGGCGGGCAGCGGGGAGGCCGAGGGCGCGUCGGCCUCCUCCCCGAGCCUCCCGCCGCCCCGGACCCCAGCCCUCAGCCUCACCUCGGUGGGGCCCCAGCUCACGCCCCUGGCGGGCCCCAAGCCCCCCACCAACUUCCUGGACGGCAUCGUGGAUUUCUUCCGCCAGUACGUGAUGCUCAUCGCCGUGGUGGGCUCCCUGGUGUUCCUACUGCUGUUCACCAUCUGUGCCGCUCUUAUCACCCGCCAGAAACACAAAGCCUCUGCCUACUACCCCUCAUCUUUCCCUAAGAAGAAGUACGUGGACCAGAGUGACCGGGCCGGGGGCCCCCGGGCCUUCAGCGAGGUCCCCGACCGUGCCCCUGACGGCCGGCCCGACGAGGCCCGCGAUUCCUCCCAGCAGCUCCAGGCUGACAUCCUCGCCGCCACCCAGAACCUCAAGUCUCCCGCCAGGGCCGCCCUGGGCAUGGGAGACGGAGCCAGGAUGAUGGAGGGCAAGUCGGAGGAAGAGGAGAAGGGCAGCCGGGAGGCGGACCAGGAAGCCCAGGGACACGGGGUCCCGGCAGAGAAACCAGAGGCGCCGCCAGAGGAGCCCUGCUCGGCGCAGGCGGAUGGGGCUGUGGCAGCUGCUGAAGGUCAAGGGGAGCCAGAAGCAGCUCCCUCAUUAGCCCUCGGAGCUGCGGGCUCAGCUGGUUCCCUCGAAAACCCCUGUGCUUGCGGCAGUGUCCCCCCCAGCAUCUAACAGGCCUCUAGGGCUGCCGACCCUGAUUGUCGGACCCCUGGUGGUCACCUCCUUGGGCACAGAAAGGUCCUCGGCCCUUACCGUGCUCUGACACCCCCUACUCGGCCACUCCCCGCGGCAAAUCCCGGCACGUCUGAUCCUACUAUAACAGGCAGAGAUGCUGGUCUCUGUUCCACCCUCAGGAAUCUCAUCCACUUCGAGAACAUUUGUCCCCGCAGCCCCAAGGCCUACAUCCCAAAGUACAGCUCCUCUGGGGAGAUGGAGCUGAGGAUGUGUCCCUGUCACAGCCACGUCCGCUGGGAAACAUAUGUCUCAGGUCCCUUGUGACAAUGCAAACGUCGCCGCUUUCCAUCGAGGUAGGAAAGAGAAACAGGAUAACUAGGAGGUUUGGAAGAGGUUGAACAGAUGGGAGAUGCAGAGGUGCCUGGGGUUGAAGCAGGGAGAGGUGCCGCAGAAGAUCAGUCAGGAGGCUUCCGUGAGGGGUCCUGCACCGAUCACGACAGGUUCCUAAGUGAGCAUUUCCCAAACUGGGUUCCCUGGAAGAAAGAUUUUGAGGUCCAGUGAAUGAAUUGAGGAAACAUUGCUUCUCUGCUCUGCGUACCCCCCUUGGAGCCCCCCAAGGCUCUGACAAGUCCCGCAGUAAAGGUGCCCAUGGAAUCUGAUUUCGCUUAGCCUUUCCCAAAAAGCUUUUGGCCGCGGAGUACUUUUGUUUUUGUUUUACAGCUACAGAGUAAAAUCCUGAAGAGAACACUCUGGAAGUUACAGCUCCAGGUGUGCUCCAGGGCGCCCCCUCCCCAGUUCCUGUUUGGUCCGGGGUGAAGGCUGUGGAGGUGGAGGCUCGGCCUCUCAGGGGCUGCCUCUCAUCCUGCUACUGCUGUGGGCAUGGGGCAAAUUAAUUGAACUUUCUUGCCAGGGCCCCAGAGCAACCUAGAAGUGGUGGGGGGCAGGGCUGUGUGUGAGGGGACCCCACUCUGGGGGAAUCUGAGGGUAUCAGGGAGGGUUUCCAACAGGCUGGAGCAGGGGAACCCUGACCCCCUGCCCUUCACACACAC